GAUUUUGCUGUCCUCUCUUUUAAGAUUAAAGUUGAAACAACUGAUAAAGAAACAAGUGCCAAGUUAUCUUUUUUGGAUAGAAAUGAUGAACCAAUCAAGAAACCUAAAGAUGUUUUUGUCAAGGACAUAACCAAAAAAAAAGGAAAGAUUAAGGAGCCUUUUUCUGGGCUUGAUUUUUAUCUUCUUAAUCAUCCUAAUAAAUAUGUUUUCUAUUAUGAUAUAAAAUUUAUUUUAUUAACUGUCCAAGUCAAAAAGAUCAAAUCUAAGGUAAUAAAGAUAGAAAAUAAAUCAGAGAAGACUGAAAUUAAGGCAAAAAAAGCAACUGCUGAUGUAGACAGGGUUAAGCUUGAUGUUGAUAUAAAUAAGAAAGCAUUAAAAUUGUUGGAAAAAGAUGUUAGUAGGUUAAAAAUUAAUAUUGAUGUAAAUACAAAAGUGUUAGAAUUGUUAGAAAAAGAUAUCAGUAGUUUGAGAAAAGAUGUUGAUGUUAAUAUAGAAGCACUUAAGCUAUUGGGCAAGGAUGUGAAUAGUAAUAAGGAUGUGACUUUAAAGCUUGCUUUGG